UUCGCACUACAUUACCCAUCAUGCUCCACUGCUGUCAAUGCGGAAGUGUAGCAACAAGCGGCACGUCACAUUUGUUGUCAUACAGCGUGAUUUGGUUUCACGGCGGACUUGCAAACUUCGGCAACAAGUCAUGGCAGGAAAGACUCAUUUUCUUAGCGAGUCCGUCGUUAUUCGAAGCCUCAGACGCUUUCGUGACCUUUAUUUACCUUCCGGUGUGAAAGAGGAUGUUUUGGACAGCGGAGAAGAAGGACCGGGCUUUCUGAACUGUUUACCUGUGGACGUUCAGUUUCACAUUAUGACCUUCUUGUCACCUGUGGACAUCUGCCGCCUGGGAGCAACCAGCCAUUAUUGGAGGGCCUUGGUUAGAGAUCCACUGCUGUGGAGGUUCUUUCUCCUCCGGGACAUGCCCUCCUGGAGCUCCAUCGAUCACUUAUCAAUGCCCCAAUUGGAGGUGCUGGAUACCCCGUUUGUCUUUGAUGGUGCAGAAGAGGGCAUGAGAUCAAAUGUUGACAUCAUGGCAGAAUAUCUGAAAGGAUGCCCCUCGUGCAGACAGAAGUGGCUUCCUUCUCGUCCUCCUUAUCAAAUGUUGUCGUCCUUCCUGCAGUCUCUGGUGCCUUCGGCUGAACCACGCUACGCCAUGUUUGGCCCUGGCAUGGAGCAACUUGAUGUCUCUUUGGUCACAAGGCUCAUGCACACCCCUGAUAUUUUACCUGUGUCAGGCAUCCCGACCAGACAGAUCAAUGGAAUCGGCUCAGGGAUCAGUUACAUGUUCAACAACCAGCACAAGUUCAACAUCCUAACGCUUUACUCGACGAACAAGGCAGAUAGGGAACGAGCCAGAGUACAGAAGCAGUACAUGAGCAGUAAACUCUUCACCUUAGUAGGAAGCGAUACGUCAGGUCAGCCAGUCUAUAGGCCGGCCCCUCAGGUGCAGCAGGUGUGCCAGGUCGUCGAGGGGGUCAUCUAUGUGGCCAAUGCUGAGCCAGGAAGAGGUGAAGGAGUAUCCGAGGUGGCUCAGAUCCGCGCCGUGCUGAGCUCCGCAACCAAGCCCCUGCUGGUGCUCUCAUGUGUGGCCACAGAUGAAAUGCAACCUGGUGUCAGCCGGACCAGGAUCCCGUGCGUCGAUAUGGCAAAGAGACUGGGACUUCCCGAACUGGCUAAUCCCUGGAUGGUGCAGGACACAGUUGCUGAAUCCCUGUCAGGUCUUCUGGAUGGAAUUUCUUGGCUGCUGAGAUGCUCUGGGGUCCAAGUUUAUGAUAGCAUGGAGGAUAAAUGGAUGGAUGAAUAGCAGACUUGCAGCUGC